GUGUCAGGAGGUGAUAUCGGAGUUCCACCACCACUACGGCCUCGGAACGGACGUGACAUUCGCGCAGGCUGCCCUGGCUCAGCACUACGAGCUCCAGUCGGCCGUGGCAGACUGCAACUCUCACAUCAUGGCUGUGCUGAAACGCAAGCAAACUGAAGGACCCGACUACCUGCCUGAUGCUCAGGCUGCAGUCAUGUCGCUUGCCCAAGGCAGCAGUGAUGGAAAGACUGUUGCAGACACACAGACUGAUACCGUAAAAAAUGAAAACCGAGAAAAAGAGUGUGCAAACGAACAACUGCUUGAAAAGCAGAACCCGUCCCAGAAGCCUGCGGUGGUGGCUGCCCUGCUUGGUGCCCUCUGCCCAUGCGCCCAGAACCUGGUUGUCUUGGAGACCACUGCGGCCGCCUCGGCCGAGCGCCUGGCCGACUUACAGUUCUGGGGCUCCGACUGGUUCUUGCAGGACCUUCACAUGCUGGCCGCUGUGGCGAACGAGAUGGGACAGGCCCUCAUGCAGCUGGAUCCACCAGCUGAGACUGUGCAGCUGUGUGCAGUGGUCGAGUCCAUCUACAAGGUGUUUGCAGCCUUGCUGGAUGUGGUGGUGCACUUCCAGAACAUCAUUCUGCCUGAGGCCCUGAAGCGAUCCAUGGAGACGAGUGUGCUAGCCCUGGUGUCUAGCAUGCACGAGCCACCCCUCGGUGGCCAGGGCGUCAUGGAGUUCAUUGGGGAGCUCACCAGGCAGCUGCACCAGAAGAUGACCGACGGGUUGCCGUAUGAACCAACACCAGCGCUGGAAGACAUCAAGGUUGCUUUUGACGAGUUGUUGAAGACAGAUGACACUGGACUGACGCCUGGAAAGAUGCUCGUCCAAGGUUUCCACGGCCUCUUUGCCAAAACUGCCACCGAAUUGUCCAAAUUCUAUGCCACACUGAAUGGCAUAGACCUUGACUGGAAGUGCGUCGACAUCGUUUGGAACUCCUACUCGCUUUGUCCCCCACACGUGGACGCCCUGGACGCAUACCUGAAGGACGUGAUGUUCCUGCAGUGCCUGCAGUGCAUGCACCAGAUCUUCUCGCCACCGCUGCUGACGGGCAUGGCCGAAGACCAUGCGUUCCUGCCUGUCAAGCACUGCAUUGCCACCAUCUACAGAGUUCAGAUGCUGGGCCUGCCAUCGUUUGCCCUGUCCUCGUGUUUGUGUGCCGUGCUGGCCCUGCCCCACGGAGGCAGUCAGAGCCAGCUGCGGCUGGAGACCCCGGCCAGCCGCACCCUGGAGUCCCUGUCAGACGGCUGGGAGGCCAGCAGCGAGGCCGUGUUGGCCGUCAGGUCCCUAGAGGCGGCACAGCGCCACCGCGACGUCCUGCGCCGCCUGGACCAGGCGGAGGGGGUGCUGCGGGUGCGGCUGCACCGCUGCCAGCUGCGCCUUGCCUCCCACCACUGGCUCCACGAGGAGGCCCUGCCCAACCCCGGAGGACAGACCCUGCCUGCCAGGGCGAACCUUCUGGCCGAGAUGCGCAAGGCGGCGCAAGCGGCGGCCUCCCUGGCAGCCACACUGGCCGAAGCCAAGGAGGCCCACCUUUCCCUGGCGGGGGCCAUCGAGCAGCGACUGAAGUGGGCCGGUGGGGCCAACCCUGCUCUGGGCAACACACGCGACACCUUUGCCCACCUGCUGGACCACUGGACGGACACCGUCCAGGUGAGUUGA